AUGAAUCAAGGCAUUAAGGAUUUGGUGACCUCAAUUUUACCAAGCCUCUCAGAUGACACACUGACACAUUUGUUGGAAGUUCUGGAGGAGCUGGGAGUCGAAAACAACGAAGACCUUAUGUUGGUCGAAGAAAAAGACAUUGAAAAAUACUUGCGUCCAAUACAGUGCAGAAAAUUGCUGCGUUUUUUUUUAGGACUUCCAGCAAUUCAGUUAAAUUUAGAGGCUGUCCCCUCUCCCUCUUCAUCUCAGAGCCCUUUGGGAAGCACAUGCAGUCCAUCCUCACACUCCUCAUGCACUGAAAGCUUUGCACCACAUCUUGGAAGGCCAUGGCAUGUGGAUUUCAGAGUAAAUUGGGAACGGAUGCCUUCAUCUCUUCAAAAAUGUUUGUUAAAUCAGUCAAGACCGCUCCCAGUAGACAGAAAAAAUAUAGUACAGGCAGUGGUAGAUCAGAUCUUAGAACAAGAUCCUAAUCCUAAUAGAGCAACAUGCCACACUAUAGUUCGGGGCAUCAGAGAGUUUCCUAAAUGUUUAGUAGAUGUAGGCAAAACAGGAGAUAUCAUUGGAGAUGGCUGCCAGUCCCUCCUUCAACAAAUUAAAACAAGGGUUGAGUACAAAAAUAGAAAUAACACUCUUGCACGACGACGGAGGGAGAGGAGGGCCUGCAGUGGAGCAGGGGCAACGGCAAGAGGCCCAGUAGAUCAGUAUGGAUGCGUGAGAUGGGCUCCUACAGAUCUACGCAGUGGCGAGACCGAGACAACAUUGGGCGAGAUGAAAAUGCGCCUUCACCGCAUGUUUUCAGAGGAUGGCUUUGAUGGGGCAGAAAGAGCAGAGCCAUUAAUGGAAAAGACUUAUAUACUGCAACGUAGGUACCUUAACCCUCUGGGGACCAGACACAGACGGGACUACCAUGAUAUCUGA